AUGAGGAAUGCCUCGGUGGUGACCGCGUUUAUUCUGCUGGGCAUCCCGCACACACACGGCCUGGAGGCCACGCUCUUUGUCCUGUUUCUGUCCUUCUACGUCUUCACCCUUAUAGGCAACCUGCUCAUCCUACUGGCGAUUGUCUCCUCCUCUCGGCUUCACACCCCCAUGUACUUCUUCCUGUGUAAACUCUCUGUGUGUGACAUAUUUUUUCCUUCUGUGAGUUCCCCCAAGAUGCUCCUCUACCUCUCCGGGAACAGCCGAGCUGUCUCCUAUGCAGGCUGCUUCCUCCUCAUCCUCACCUCCUACAGUCGCAUCGUCUACUCCAUCCUGCAGAUCCGCUCUGCAGAGGGCCGGCGACACGCCUUCUCCACCUGCAGUGCCCACCUGGCCGCCAUCCUGCUGUUCUACAUGCCGGUGGUCCUCAUCUACCUCAGGCCCACCCCCAGCCCCUGGGUGGAUGCAACUGUCCAGGUCCUGAAUAACCUGGUCACCCCCAUGCUGAACCCCCUGAUCUACAGCCUCCGGAACAAGGAGGUGAAAUCAUCGCUGAGGAGAGUUCUGCGCCCGCUGGGCUUCCUUCCUGAGCAGCUGUGCAGGUCGGCAGGCGCCACCUGA